AUGAUGGGAGAGGAGCUCGCGAAAUGGGUGCUCCUGGCGUACGGCCUGUUCAUGACGACGCUGGUGGCGGGCGUGGUGUACGGUUGGCAGAGCUUCCGCGCCGUCUUCAUCGCGGAGGGUGUCCUCAGCGAGGGUUGCGACGCGAACUCGGCGGACGUCGAGUGUCCGAGCCAGGCGAAGGAGCUCGGGCUCAUCUUCGCGUGCGGCGCGUGGUCCGUGCAGGCGUGCAGGAUGGUCACGGGCCUCGUCAGGGAUCGAUACGGCACCAGAGUCUGCGUCGUCGGGGUGAUGCUCACCGUCGCCGUCGGCAUCGUCCUCCUCGCGGUGUCGCCACCGCAGUCCCUCGCGAUGUUCUGCGUCGGCUACUUCCUGCUGGGGAUCGGCGCCGGCGUCCAGCUAUGCAUGCAGAGCAUAUCGAUGCUCUUCGGCGAGUACCAGGGCGCCGCGUCGGCCACCUUAUCCGGAGCGUUCACCCUCUCCGCGGUUAUACCCCUCGCGUGCGCCGAGGCUAUACAAUCCGUCGCGCGAAGCGACGGAGGAAGCGCGUCGUCGUACGCGGACGCGCGGGCCGGGGUUCUCACGGCGUGGUGCGUCACCGUGGUGGUGUUCGCGGCGUCGGCAAUGUGGCUCAUGCCGCGAGGCGGGGAGUUUCGGGAGUCGGUUCGAUACCUCGUCGGCGAGCGAGGCGGCGACGAGAAUAACGAGAAGACGAAGGAUGACGAUGACAAGGACGACAAGGAGGAUCGGGACGAUGAACCGCCGCGCGUGCCGCCCGCGAACGCCCCGAAGGCGGCGAACGGCACCAGACGCGCGCCCCACGAGGGCAAGUCCGCGAGGGAGCAGCUGCUCUCCCUCGAUUUCAUCCUCCUCGCCGCGUGGUUCACGGUGAUGCUCCUGCCGACGAAUUACUUCAUCAUCAGCGUGGGCGACCAGCUGGAGGGCAUGGGGGACGACGACGGGGAGAUCACCCGGGGGUUUCAGCUCGUUUGGGUCGUCAGCACGAUCCUAUCCCCCAUCGCCGGGUACUCCGCCGACGUCGUCGGCAGAGGAAGCACGAUGACGUUCGCGAUGGGUUGCUACGCGGCUUCGUUCGUGAUGCUCGGCUUCGGCGGCGACGGGUGGGGCGGCUUGUCGCUCGAAGCCCAGUGGCUCAACUUCGUCUGCUUCAACGUGGGGCGGCUGUGGGUGUUCAGCAUGUACUUCGUGUCCGUGGGGAGACUCUUCGGCUUCAGGCACUACGGCACGCUGGCGGGCGCGGGGUUGCUGCUCAGCGCCAUGUCCACGCCGCUCGCGGUGCCUAUGCACCGUUCGGGGGUCGACGGGAACUUCGGUGAAUCCAACCUGGCGAGCGCGAUGAUAUGCCUCGGGCUGACUCCGUACACGGUGGGGUGGGCGUGGAGAAGGGAGAUCACGGAGGAGGGCAUGCGGGGGUUCCCGGCGAGGUGGGGGAUCCGGCGAGAGGAGGAGGCGAAGGAGGAGGCGAAGGAGGAGGCGGGCGCAAACGCGGUGUGA